UAUGUGUGAAGAAUUUCUGUACGAUCGUACCAUUCAUUUUGAUAUUGCUGUCUCUAAGUUGAAUAUGUAGAAAGGUGAAAAAACCUUAUACAUGUGGUAAGAUGUGGAAGACAUUAAAGGAAACCCAGAUCAAUUUGGUCGAUUAAUAAUAACAAACACAAGAAUUUUAUGGUGGAGUGAACGUAAUAAUAGUGUGAAUCUCAGUAUUGGUUUGGGGACAAUAUUUCAUAUUGAACAGAAAGUCACUAAUAAUAAUCGUACAUUUGGAACUCUUUUUCGAACCAAACUAAACUAUGGAUAAAAUGCUGGAUAAAAAUAUGAAUUCCAUUUUAAUAGUCCAGAUAAAAAACUUUAUGAAUCAUUAGUAAAUAUCUAAAGAUUAUAUACUUAAACUCUAUUACAUCGUGAAAUAAAAGUAUAAUUCGCAAUGAUUUCCCAAAAGAAACUCAAUUUAUCAGAAAGAGAAUAAAUAAUUAAUCAAUAUUUGAAUACAAUUAGUGUUGCUAAUGAUUAAUAAGAUGUGAGUGGUACUCUUAUCUUUACAAAUGUUCGAUUUGUUUGGUAUUCUGCUACAAAUGAUCUGUUUAAUAUUAGUAUACCAUGGAUAGCAGUAAAGAAAAUAAGUAAAAAAACUACAAAAGGUUUAUAUACUAUGAUAAUUGAAACAUAUUCAGAAUUUGGAGGAUAUUUUGUAGGUUACAGAAAUAUUGAAAUAGAUAAUAUGAUAAAAGAAUGUAAUAAAUUACAUGCAUUUUAUAUUGAAAAUCCUAUAUAUGGAAUUGAAGUUUAAGAGAAAUAAUAACCUGCUGUUUAGAAAUUUGAUGAAAGAGUAUAAGUAGUUUAGAGUGUAUAUAAUUAAGCAGCUAGAUAUCAAGCAAAUGAAAAUAAUGAUACAUAAAAUGAUAUAGUAUAUUGUUAAGAAUUGGGAUUAGCUAUUUAGAAACUACCUGGAGAUGUUAAAUUAAGUGAUUUAUGGAAUAUUAUUAAAUAUUGA